CCGAAACAAAAGGAGGGGGCGAAGAAGAGGUCGAGCGCCGGACAUCGACUCGCUCCAUCUCGAAAUCAUACACAGCAGCAGCAGAAUGCAGGCGCUGCUACGCCCACCGGUUCGUUCCACCGCCGCCCAGCUGCUCCCGCUGGCCUCAUCCUCCUCGCCCCCGCUUCCGCCUCGUCGUACCGGAACCCUCGGCUUCACUACCCCUCUGUACCAUCGCCGCCCAGAUCUCUCAUCUGCUCCCUCCAAAACCCUAUCCCCUUCCCCUGCCCUCGCUUUCCCUGUCUUCCCAUCUCCUUUCCCCGAGCCUAAGCGCCGGAUCUUGGUAAAAGCGGCCUCGAGUUUCCCUUCCUCCGAUGAAGAAUCCGAGAGGGCAAAGCUCGCGCAGGUCUCCAAGAGAUUAGAGAACACCUCUAGAUACUUUAAGCGGUUGGGAAGUCUAGGAUUCUGGGGGCAGUUAGUGUGCACUGUUGUGGCUGCUGUUAUUUUAUCGUUCUCCACAGUUGUCACUGGGAAGAUCACCUCACCGGUUACAUUUUAUACGACUGCUGGUGGUAUUGCAGCUGCAUUUAUUUCUGUCUUCUGGUCAUUUGGUUACAUAAGACUAUCAGAUAGACUCCGGAGAACAGCUAAUGAACCUGCAAAGGCUCCUCCACGAGCUGACGUGGUAAAGACCUUAAAAAAUGGUAUAGUGUUAAAUCUUCUGGGUAUGGGUGCUGCAAUUCUGGGCAUGCAAGCAACCGUCGGUUUACUGGUUGCAAAGGCGCUUACUACCUCAGCGGUUCCUUACUACCAGGGGAUAUCCCCUGGUCAGAGUCCUGUGUUGGCCUUGGAUGUGUUCCUAGUGCAGGCUUCAGCCAACACUAUCCUUUCGCAUUUCUUGGGGCUUGUCUUCUCAUUGGAACUGCUGCGCGCGGUGACGCUGCCAAAUCUGGAAGCUGUUCCCAUACCCAAAGCUGCUUAGCUACUUAGCUAGUUUUCCAGCUCCGAAAUAACGUAGUUGCCCCUUUAAAUCAAGGUGCUGUUUGUUCACCUUGCUUGUGUGUUGAUUAAAUUGAUGGAUAGCUGCCUCUAUUACAUAUCUGCAGUCCCGAGUUUGUGCCA